CACUUUAUCCGGAGGGACAAUUGCAGAUGAAAAGUGUCGUGAAGACAUCUUCUUAGUAUGGGCCUCCAUCAACCAGUCCCUGAGUGAUGGUGGCGAGUUAUUGCUGAAGGCUCGUGAGAUUCUGUUGGGAUCUAAUCUUGAGAGUCUUGGGGAGCUGGAAACGAGCCUUCUUACUGUUGGCGGAGAACUUGAAAUCCUUUUCAAUGAGACUUUGGAACUGGCCAAAGAAGUUGAAAUGUUGGUGAUGGGUGGGAGUGAGACAGCCCCCUGUCCUGUCCAAUACCUGAAAGCGCUGCUACUUGAGCUGGAAACCAAAACUGAAGAAUUCCGUGUCCUUGUGAUUGAGCUGGAGGCGCAUGUUUCAGAAGGUUCAUCAGAUGAAUCUAGUGUGCUGGUGAUCUUCAUAAUGCGAGUUUAUAUGACCUGUAGGACCGCGCAGGACGAGUCUAUCGUAAUCUUCGAAAAAGUCUACAUUAUGUUGUACGGUGAAAUGACAACAGUAAUAACGACCACUUUAUCCGGAGGGACAAUUGCAGAUGAAAAGUGUCGUGAAGAUAUCUUCUUAGUAUGGGCCUCCAUCAACCAGUCCCUGAGUGAUGGUGGCGAGUUAUUGCUGAAGGCUCGUGAGAUUCUGUUGGGAUCUAAUCUUGAGAGUCUUGGAGAGCUGGAAACGAGCCUUCUUACUGUUGGCGGAGAACUUGAAAUCCUUUUCAAUGAGACUUUGGAACUGGCCAAAGAAGUUGAAAUGUUGGUGAUGGGUGGGAGUGAGACAGCCCCCUGUCCUGUCCAAUACCUGAAAGCGCUGCUACUUGAGCUGGAAACCAAAACUGAAGAAUUCCGUGUCAUUGUGAUUGAGCUGGAGGCGCAUGUUUCAGAAGGUUCAUCAGAUGAAUCUAGUGUGCUGGUGAUCUUCAUAAUGCGAGUUUAUACGACCUGUAGGACUGCGCAGGACGAGUCUAUCGUAAUCUAUGAAAGCGUCCUAAUAAUAUUCAGCAGCACAAUUUCAGAUGAAAAGUGUCGUGAAGAUAUCUUCUUAGUAUGGGCCUCCAUCAACCAGUCCCUGAGUGAUGGUGGCGAGUUAUUGCUGAAGGCUCGUGAGAUUCUGUUGGGAUCUAAUCUUGAGAGUCUUGGGGAGCUGGAAACGAGCCUUCUUACUGUUGGCGGAGAACUUGAAAUCCUUUUCAAUGAGACUUUGGAACUGGCCAAAGAAGUUGAAAUGUUGGUGAUGGGUGGGAGUGAGACAGCCCCCUGUCCUGUCCAAUACCUGAAAGCGCUGCUACUUGAGCUGGAAACCAAAACUGAAGAAUUCCGUGUCAUUGUGAUUGAACUGGAGGCGCAUGUUUCAGAAGGUUCAUCAGAUGAAUCUAGUGUGCUGGUGAUCUUCAUAAUGCGAGUUUAUAUGACCUGUAGGACUGCGCAGGACGAGUCUAUCGUAAUCUUCGAAAAAGUCUACAUUAUGUUGUACGGUGAAAUGACAACAGUAAUAAUGACCACUUUAUCCGGAGGGACAAUUGCAGAUGAAAAGUGUCGUGAAGACAUCUUCUUAGUAUGGGCCUCCAUCAACCAGUCCCUGAGUGAUGGUGGCGAGUUAUUGCUGAAGGCUCGUGAGAUUCUGUUGGGAUCUAAUCUUGAGAGUCUUGGGGAGCUGGAAACGAGCCUUCUUACUGUUGGCGGAGAACUUGAAAUCCUUUUCAAUGAGACUUUGGAACUGGCCAAAGAAGUUGAAAUGUUGGUGAUGGGUGGGAGUGAGACAGCCCCCUGUCCUGUCCAAUACCUGAAAGCGCUGCUACUUGAGCUGGAAACCAAAACUGAAGAAUUCCGUGUCAUUGUGAUUGAGCUGGAGGCGCAGGUUUCAGAAGGUUCAUCAGAUGAAUCUAGUGUGCUGGUGAUCUUCAUAAUGCGAGUUUAUAUGACCUGUAGGACUGCGCAGGACGAGUCUAUCGUAAUCUAUGAAAGCGUCCUAAUAAUAUUCAGCAGCACAAUUUCAGAUGAAAAGUGUCGUGAAGAUAUCUUCUUAGUAUGGGCCUCCAUCAACCAGUCCCUGAGUGAUGGUGGCGAGUUAUUGCUGAAGGCUCGUGAGAUUCUGUUGGGAUCUAAUCUUGAGAGUCUUGGGGAGCUGGAAACGAGCCUUCUUACUGUUGGCGGAGAACUUGAAAUCCUUUUCAAUGAGACUUUGGAACUGGCCAAAGAAGUUGAAAUGUUGGUGAUGGGUGGGAGUGAGACAGCCCCCUGUCCUGUCCAAUACCUGAAAGCGCUGCUACUUGAGCUGGAAACCAAAACUGAAGAAUUCCGUGUCAUUGUGAUUGAGCUGGAGGCGCAGGUUUCAGAAGGUUCAUCAGAUGAAUCUAGUGUGCUGGUGAUCUUCAUAAUGCGAGUUUAUAUGACCUGUAGGACUGCGCAGGACGAGUCUAUCGUAAUCUAUGAAAGCGUCCUAAUAAUAUUCAGCAGCACAAUUUCAGAUGAAAAGUGUCGUGAAGAUAUCUUCUUAGUAUGGGCCUCCAUCAACCAGUCCCUGAGUGAUGGUGGCGAGUUAUUGCUGAAGGCUCGUGAGAUUCUGUUGGGAUCUAAUCUUGAGAGUCUUGGGGAGCUGGAAACGAGCCUUCUUACUGUUGGCGGAGAACUUGAAAUCCUUUUCAAUGAGACUUUGGAACUGGCCAAACAAGUUGAAAUGUUGGUGAUGGGUGGGAGUGAGACAGCCCCCUGUCCUGUCCAAUACCUGAAAGCGCUGCUACUUGAGCUGGAAACCAAAACUGAAGAAUUCCGUGUCAUUGUGAUUGAGCUGGAGGCGCAGGUUUCAGAAGGUUCAUCAGAUGAAUCUAGUGUGCUGGUGAUCUUCAUAAUGCGAGUUUAUAUGACCUGUAGGACUGCGCAGGACGAGUCUAUCGUAAUCUAUGAAAGCGUCCUAAUAAUAUUCAGCAGCACAAUUUCAGAUGAAAAGUGUCGUGAAGAUAUCUUAUUAGUAUGGGCAUCCACCAACCAGUCCCUGAGUGAUGGUGGCGUGUUAAUGCUGAAGGCUCGUGAGAUUCUGUUGGGAUCUAAUCUUGAGAGUCUUGGGAACCUGGGAACGACCCUUCUUACUGUUGGCGGAGAACUUAAAAUCCUUUUCAGUUACACUUUGGAACUGGCCAAAGAAGUUGAAAUGUUGGUGAUGGGUGGGAGUGAGACAGCCCCCUGUCCAGUCCAAAAGAUGAAAGAGCUGCUACUUGAGCUGGAAACCAAAACUGAAGAAUUACGUGUCCUUGUGGUUGAGAUGGAGGCGCAGGUUUCAGAAGGUUCAGCAGAUGAAUCUAGUGGCCUCGUGAUCUUCAUAAUGGAAAUUUAUAUGACCUGCAGGACUACGCAGAAGGAAGCUAUCAUGAUCUAUAAAACCCUUUUUAUAGAAUUCCCUAACGAAUUUGGACGGUAGUGGUAUUGGUUACGAUGAAAGUACAUCUGCAAUUUCAAGGCAAAAGGACAAAGAUACUUCCAUGAACCAGGAGCAGAUGAUACCUAAGAGAAGAGAGCACCAGAACAGGAGAUGAAGGCGAUAGAUGGACCAAAGGAGCAAGGAAGAAGAAGAAAAGAAACGAAGAAGAGACAAAGAAACAAAGAGACGAAGAAGGCGAAGGAAGACGGGGGAGUGAGGACCGGCUGGACGCCCUUUUCAUGAGGGACAACACCCAGGGAGUGAGCGUAUAGGACUAUCGCGAAGGACCUAGGGAUAUGGGCGUCCUGUGGGCGGAUGAAGACAGAAUCUCAGUUACAUCAUGAAGUGCAGUUUUAUGGGUUAGGCUACAGAUUCUAGGUUCCUUGUGAACGUAUUUCAAUCUAUGUCUACCUCUCAUUAAUCAUUAGUUAGUGAGAAGUAAAUGUACGUUUGAUAUGUGUGUAUUUCCGUGAUCGCCUAAUCUUCUGUGAAUUCUUGGUGUUUUAUAUUUAAGACGUGUCAUUGUGGAUUUUUUUUUCAUAUUUCAUACACUAUUGUUUUCAUAUUAGAGAAAGCGUUUAAAAUAUACACGUCUAGGAUUUUUGUAUUUAAUCAAAUAUUUUCUUAUGAUUUACCAGAGGUACUAUGCUAUACAAUUUAUUUUGAUUCAACACUUGUAGCUAAAUUCUCAAACCUGUUUUUCAUACAUUUGCCAAGUCGGAUUACCAAACCUCUAAGCAAAUCAGCUACCUAUUUGUGAAAUUUUAUGUAUUACGAACAAAAAUAAAUAGUUCGUAAUACAAAGUUGACCAAUUUGAUGAAAUAGACAAGAAUAAAAGUAGUCAUGUAAAUUCAGUUAUAAAGCCUAGGAAACAAUUAGUGUUAGAAAUGCGAGGAGAGGGAGUGUGAGGUGUACCGGUACUGACGGUGACUGGAGUGAACAAAGGAAAGUUUUCUUGUUCUCUUCUUGUCCCGGUAUUGAGAAUGAAGUCCUCUGUUGCAGCUGUUACAAUAUGAUAAUUUGAUUGGAAAAAGGGUGAAUGUAUAACAAAUAAAAAAGGGUAAAUGUAUAACAGAACUGAAGGAAGGUGAAUGCAUAACAGAACUGAAAAGGGGUGAAUGUAUAACAUAACUGAAACAAGGGUGAAUGUAUAACAACUGAAAAAGGGUGAAU